AUGGUCUACGGCGGAAAGCCCUCGCGGGGCUGUCGAACAUGUCGCGCUCGCCGUAUCAAGUGCGAUGAAGGUAAACCAACAUGCAAGCAAUGCGCAAAGUCAAAGCGUGAAUGCGCCGGCUAUCGAAACGAAUUUGAGAUCGUCCACCGCGACCAGACAAAGUCUACCGUCCGCCGAAUGACUAAAGCUCUCAACAAGUCUCGCUCUACUACCACCUCGACCCUGCCGAGUCCCCGUCCGUCUCCCACACGACAACAAACGCCCGAUCCCAUCGCGACGCUCACAGUCCCCCUCGCUCAACGCGCAAUCUGCUAUUUUGCCUCCAACUUCCUAUACGUGCCGCUGGGCCACAUGCCACAUGGUCAUAUGGACUACCUCGUGCCCUUGAUCGACUGCGCACCCCCCGAUAGCGCCCUCCGAAGCGCCUUCAAUGCUUGUGCUAUAGCCGCCCUCGGGAAUAGAGAAAAAGCAAACAAUGUCAACCUCACCAAUCUUUCUCUCCGAGAACACACUGUGGCCCUGGCAAAGACGCAUGCCGCCCUGGGGAAUCCCGCCACUGCCAGUUCCGAUGCAACGCUCGCUACAGUGCUUCUGCUGGGUUUGUACGAGAGCAUCACGGCGAUUAAGGAGUCGCGUAUGCUGGCAUGGCGUUCACAUGUUGACGGAGCAAUUCAGAUUGUCAAGCUGCGAGGCCGAGAACAAAUGCGCAGCACCAAAACCGGAACGCUCUUGUUCCAAGCAGUGAGGCAUCAAGUGCUCGGCCGCGCACUAACAUCGGGUACGCCUCCGCCACUAGGGUCCGAUUGGUGGAUGGACGACAUAGGUGAUGGGAGCCAUCUCUUGCCUGGUGCCGCCAUGCACCGCUUCGCCCUUCGAGCCAGUGAACUGCGAGCCGAGGCAGCUGCUCUGUUGAAUGGUAUCACGCGGACCGUCGAGAAUAUCGCACUGAUGCAAAACAUGGCCCAUCGAGUGUAUUUGCUAGACCAAGAGAUAGCUUCCUGUCUUCUUGCUCUGCCGCCAAACCUACGCUUCAAGACGCUAUGCUGGCUAUCCUACGAGGAGGUAGGUUUAUCGCCAGGGCGACCGAACAACUACUCCAAACUCGAAGUAUUCCCCGGCCGUGUGGACAUGUACCCCGACUUUGUAACCGCCCGUACAUGGAACACUGCGCGCACCAUACGCCUUGUGCUAGCCUCCCUCGGCAUCCGCCUAGCAGCAUGGCUCAACAUGCCCGCCGACUAUCGCACAACUGCCGAGUAUGCCAGGUCGAAAGCCAUCUGUGAAGACACCAUUGCCGACGUCAUUGCCUCGGUUCCAUACCAUCUCGGAUGGCACACCAAGCAACCGGGUCUGUUCGGCAACGAUACUGACCGCUCUGGCUUCGUUUGUGGUUACGAGGAUGCGAUCAAGGCCCUUCCAGCUUGGUUCCUGGUCUGGGCCCUGACUUGUGUCAAAAACCAUGAUAUGGCGACUGACGAGCAGCGCGUUUGGGUGAAGGGCCGGCUUCGGUACAUUGCCGACCAUGUCGGUAUGAAGUAUGCCAACCUCGUUAACGACCUUGAACUUCGCUUCCCAUCAAUGUUCAUCCGCCAGGACGGCACCAUGCCUUCGGCUGAUCCACUGAGGGCCGGGACGUUCAAAGGCCGCCCAGACCCCGUAAGCGCAACGCGCACCGCCGUCACUACUCCUCGGACUCCUGAAAGCAUGGUUUCUGGAGGAAGGCGUCCGUCGCCUUGA